UAAUACUCUCUCUACUAUUUUUCCAGCUUGCGCUCACACAUGAUAGCAUCGAAGAUCGGUGACAAUAUCUUUGAUUUCUCCACGCCCUUUUCUCCCCCACCCCCACAUCACAAGCUCAACUAUUUCUAGAUCAAUUGGGUGAAAGCAAACAAUGAGUCUCUUCGGCUUGGGAAGCAACAGGAACCAAAGGACAUUUAGGCCCAAGAAGAAUGCACCAUCUGGUAAUAAGGGCGUACAGUUGAAGAAACACAUUGAUGCGACAUUAGGAAAUGGUAAUUUGAGAGAUGCUGUACGGUUGCCUCCUGGAGAGGAUCUCAAUGAAUGGCUAGCUGUUAAUACUGUUGAUUUCUUCAAUCAGGUGAACAUACUAUAUGGCACUCUAAUGGAGUUCUGCACGCCUUCCACAUGCCCAACGAUGACUGCCGGAUCGAAGUUUGAGUAUAGAUGGGCCGACGGAGUGCAGAUCAAGAAACCUAUUGAGGUUUCGGCACCAAAAUAUGUGGAGUAUUUGAUGGACUGGAUUGAGGUCCAGCUUGAUGAUGAGUCCAUAUUCCCUCAAAAACUUGGAACACCUUUCCCACAAAAUUUUCGAGAUGUUGUGAAGACAAUAUUCAAGCGCCUUUUUCGUGUUUACGCUCAUAUUUACCACACUCAUUUUCAGAAAAUUGUGAGCCUCAAGGAAGAAGCCCAUCUUAACACAUGCUUCAAGCAUUUUACAUUGUUCACCUGCGAGUUCAAAUUGAUCGACAAGGCUGAACUUGCACCACUUAUUGAUCUUAUUGAAUCGAUCGUGACCGUUUGCUAAGAUGUCAACAAGAAGAGCAGAACAAUUUGCCUUGUUUAUUUGGCCACUUUCUAGGGUACAAUGAGUUGUGCAUGAGAGUGAGACCGAGGCAAAAAUGGCCAAAGAAAACAUAUUUUGCACUUAUUGUUUUUCUAUCAUCUACAUGAGUUUGGGUAACAUGGUCGUACU